UUUUUGUAAAUGUCAUAUUGGGGUGUUUCGACCAUUUUAUUUUCAGUCGUAUUUAUAUCGACGCCCAUUAAAAUUUUAUCUAUAUAAGUAUAUAUUGUUUUUUUUAAACAAGGUUUAAACAAAACGAAAUUUGAAUAGGAAGUUUAUAAAAAAGAACGUUUUUUUGUUUUGGCUUUGAUAUAAUAAAAAGCCACGGAUUUGUAACUCGUACAGAGGAGAAUCAAAACGAAGUUUAUAAAAUUUAACGUACAAACCGUCUGAAUGGACGACGACAUUCUGGUCACAAUAUCCCAGAGGUAUAAUUUAGAAAGCAAUGAAGACGAACUUACAAAAGCAGAGAAAAAAGCUCUUCUAUCCAUCAAGGUUAUUGAUGUAUCACACGAUCCUGUUGUCGUAUCCUUACACUGGAAAGUUACUCACAGUUCCCUUUGUAAAGAGUAUGAAGCUUUCAAAGCCGGAAAUCUUCAUCAAAUGUCUCGAAGCUUGCAUUUCCUCGCCACAGAAGAGGGAGUACCAGAUGCAACUAGACUCGUGGCAAAACAAUGGCUUGAUCUUAUACUAAACGGCAUAGAUAAGAAAUAUUGUAAGAACACCAGUCUGUCUAAACUGUCUCGCUGUGAAUAUCAAGUUCUUCAAUUUAUUCGCCCAUUGUCUAACCACAUAGUUUACGGAAUGACUGCAGUCGCACUGCACUGGAAAGUUACCUCGUGCGAAAUUGAAAAGGAUCAGAAAAAACUGAACUCUGAUCCGAAUUACGUAAUUCGGCAUUUCCGAUAUUUAAACUUUUUGAUAAAACAUUGCAAUGUUCCCUGUUUCAUUAAACCUAAAGCAAAUAGAUUACAUACAGUAAUUGUGGAAAACAUUACAAAACAAAUUGACAACAGGUGCAAUAUUGGCAGUACUGUUGACGAAUUAACUAACGGGGAGAUAAUCGUUAUUCAAGAACUCGAUUUAGUGAGCAAUACUUUUAGUCCGGUUGUCGAUCGUCUACAUUGGAUGGUAACACAUCGCAUACUCUGUGAAGAGUUUGAUUAUUUUCAAGCUGGACGUAUGCCUUUCAUAGCCUCAAAAAUUGAAAGAAAGUUAAAGUUUCUUUCGCUAAAUGAAAAGGUGCCUGCAAUAAUUUCAGAUAAAGCAAAACUAUUUAUGGAUGAAAUUUUGAAAAGGAAUCGUGCUUCUCAACAGAUAUGUAAGGAAUACGAGAAGUGAAUUUGUGUCUAAUCAUAGACGAAAUACCCCUGUGAUUGAUAUUUAUAAGCAUGUAAAUUGUACAAUGAACAUUAAUUUAAGGUAUUUAAUACCGAAUGCAGAACCUCCUUUCUGAAGAGUAUUCAUUUUUAAAGAAGACACUUAGCUUAUGUCGGGCGUGGUGUCAGGGCCUACUAGGGCUUUCAUUAUUCAUUACUUGUUUAAUCAUUUUGUUUGGUCCAUUUAUGGUUUACAUUAUUUCCAAAUCGGGAUAGUAAACUUCUCUCAGUUUUGGAUUGCAUCUAGACAAAUAUUUUAUGAAAAUAUAAUUUGCCCAUUGAAAGGUGAAAAUUAUAACCAUCUUUCUGUUUUAUCAAAUCUGACAAAUACGGGUUUCCAUUCAGAUAUGCUUUUCUUUGGUUUGUUUCUUUUUAUUUAAAAACUAUGGUCCUAAAGUUAGAUUAAGAUAAAAUUAGUAAGACUUAUCUUUAAAUGAUGAAGACGUAUUUAUUUUUUUUCUACAUAACUGAUACAAAAAUUAUCUUCAAUCAUCUAUAUUUUUCAAACAAGACUGUAAACUUUUGUUAUUUUUGUGUUUGUGUCAAGAAUAUGAUAAAGUUUAAUAAUGUUAAGCGUAAGAUGAUUUUUUAAACAUGUUUAGUUAUUCAUUUUAACAGGCAAUUUGAUAAGUUGAUAGAUUUAAGUUAAAUAAGUUAUUAUACAUGUACAUUUAACUUGAAUAUGUGUUAGGGUGAUGUUGAACAUUUAUUUAUGUCAGGGAAUGGAUAGUGAUUAAUAAAAAUGUACAUGCAUUUUCAAUUGUUUUUUUCAAACAGAUACAUACUUUGUCUUGUUUUGUAAACUUAAAAACUUAUAGAUGUGAAUAAAUGAGUAGAAAAUCCGUCCAGAAGUGUCACUUGUCUAAUCGGAAAAUACAAGCUAGGAAGCUGAGACCUUAAACUAAGU